AGCCGUUUCCGCCUUCGUAGCCCGCGUUUGAAAAUAUUUCUGUUGGUUAGGCGUUCCUACUAGUCAUUGUUAAAGAGCGGCAUAGACAAUGAUGCUGAAUUUGAGUUUAGGGCGAUAUUUAAGACAUUAAUAAAGGCAUAACUUUUGCCGUAUUCUGUUCACAACAUUGCCAAUUGGUAUACCGAUUUGUUUGUUCUCGUGGCACAUGUCGUGCAGGAGACCAAACAUGGCCGAGCGCGUGUUGGUCAAAGGCCGCGGACGCAAGAAAAUCUCCCGAGUGAGGGUUGCAGUUCGACUACGACCCUUUAUGGACAAACAGGACGAGCGAGGCGAGGGACCUUGUGUGCGGGGCCUGGACUCACAGAACCUGGAGAUUGUUAACUGGAGGAAUGCUACAGAAACACUGAAAUACCACUUUGACGUGUUCCACGGUGAGCAAACAACUCAAAAAGAGGUCUUCUUGUCAUCGGUAAAGCCCAUUCUACCCUACAUUACCAGGGGUCAGAACGCUAGCGUCUUUGCCUAUGGGCCAACAGGAGCUGGCAAGACGCACACCAUGCUGGGCAAUUCGACGCAACCUGGUGUGAUUCCUCGUGCAGUUGGGGAAGUCUUCAACCUGGUCAACGCUCAGGAUGAGGACGAGGCUUGGGACUACUCCAUUGGAAUGUCUUAUUUAGAAAUCUACAAUGAGAAGGUACUGGAUCUUCUGUCACCGAGCUCCCAGGACUUGCCCAUCCGGGAGGACAAAGACAAGAACAUCCUCAUACCUGGCCUCACGCACACGAUGAUAUCUUCCUUCUCCGAUUUUGAACGCCAUUUUGUGCCGGCCAACCUCAAUCGUACCACAGCCUCGACCAAACUCAACCAGCGCUCCAGCCGCAGCCACGCGGUCCUCCUCAUAAAGGUGGUGCGCACUCAGCGCUGCCUCCCCCGCCGCCAACAAACGGGCAAACUCUACCUGGUGGACCUGGCCGGCUCGGAGGACAACCGACGCACGGGAAACCAGGGCAUCCGCCUCAAAGAAAGCGGCGCCAUCAACCUGUCGCUCUUCACCCUCAGCAAAGUGGUGGACUCGCUCAAGUCGGGCGCGUCGGUGCGCGUGCCCUACAGGGACAGUAAACUGACGCGCCUGCUCCAGGACUCUCUCGGCGGCUCGGCGCACUCGCUCAUGAUCGUCAACAUCGCCCCGGAGUACGAGUACUGCUUCGAUACCGUGGGCGCGCUCAACUUUGCCGCCAAAUCCAAGCUCAUCGUCAACGCACCCUUCACCCGGGAAACUGUGGCUGUGCUGCCAGUGAAACGGGCCAGAGAGGCGCAGGAGGCGGGGCAGUCUGGCACCGAACCUGAGAAGAAGAAGCAAAGGGACGAGAAGAAAACGGAGCAGGAAGCCGCCACCCUGCCAUCGGCUCACCUUCACAGCCUGUCAGAACAAUCGGUUAUGGACCGACUGCUUGCUCUGGAGAAGCGGGUGAUGUGCUGCGAGAACCAAGACGGUGUCAGUAUGAUGAAACAUUCCGCUCACAAGGAGAUCGAGGCGCUCAAACAGGAGCACAGGGACUUUGAGAGAAAGGCCUUGCUCCUCAGUCAGCUGGUGAAGGAGAAGCCGCGUUUCAGUCAGGAGCCGAGCUUCAGGAGCAGCACGGCGCCACUGCAGCAAAAACAGGCCAACGUCACAAAAGGCAACACGCGGCAAGCCAUGGUCCAACCGCUGCAGGAUCACUCGUCCCAACUGCAGCCUGUCAAGGCGCUUACUGUCAGGAAGCAGUCGGUCUGUGUCAAGAAGAAAGUGGCCACCGCGCUUCCAGAUAAGGCUGAGCUUCCAGACGGCAAAGAGAACAUGCCAAGCGGGUGGGAGGCCCACCUGGACCAGUCUGUUGUGGAACAGGCCAGGCAGAAGAUUCUCCAGAUCCUCAACACGGGCUCGCUGAAAGAGCUCAAAAGUCUGCAGCAGAUUGGCGACAAGAAAGCCAAGCUCAUCCUUGGCUGGAGGGAGGUCCGCGGCAUUUUCUCCAAGCUCGAGGAUCUAAGUCAAGUCGAGGGGAUGACAGAAAAAAGAUUUUCCACCUUCAUGAAGGCAAACCUUUUGAGUGUGAUGGGAAAGUGAUCCCCUUCAUUUUUGGCGAAGGUUGGGUUUCGAUGCCAAUACAAAUGUAUUGGUGUGUGUGUGUGUGUGUGAGACAUACAAGGCACCUGAAAUGUUCAGAGCGCAUCCAUUUUUACACAUAUUUCCUGCAGCCUUAUUUGCAUAUGGAAGAUUUUUCUUUUUGCCCCAUUUCAAGGUUCCACACAAGCUUUCGUGUUUUGUUGUUUUUCUCCAAUUUUAUUAAAAGAAAUGCAAACGUAGAAA